UAUGAUAGGGAAAUGCGAUAAUUACAUCAUUGCGACAAGCUGUUUAUCUGUUGACCGGACUGUUGUUACAAUUUGAAAUAUCUCUUGGAUUAUUAAUAGUUUAUUUUAUUUAAGUUAAGAUGCCUAAUUUAAAUUGUCGUUUUUAUAAACAAAAAUUUCCUGAAGUAGAAGAUGUUGCUAUGGUCAUGGUGCGUCGAGUGGCCGAGAUGGGUGCUUACGUUGACUUAUUGGAGUAUAACAACAUUGAAGGCAUGAUUCUGCUUUCUGAACUUUCUCGUCGUCGUAUUAGAUCAAUCAACAAACUUAUCAGAAUUGGACGAAGUGAAUGUGUAGUUGUUAUCCGUGUUGACAAAGAUAAAGGAUACAUUGAUUUAUCAAAGAGAAGAGUUUCACCUGAGGAUAUAGUUAGAUGUGAAGAAAAAUUUGCCAAAAGUAAAGCUGUUAAUAGUAUUCUUCGCCAUGUGGCUGAAAUACUUGGUUAUCAAACUGAUGAUCAAUUAGAGGAUCUUUAUGAGCGUACAGCAUGGUAUUUUGAUGAAAAAUACAAGAAACAAGGCUGUGCAUUUGACUAUUUCAAGCUUGUUGUCAACGAUGCUUCAGUAUUGGAUGAAUGUGAUCUUGAUGACAAAACACGAGAGGCUCUUGUUACUCACAUUAAAAGAAAAUUGACACCACAAGCAGUUAAAGUUAGAGCUGAUAUUGAUGUUGGCUGUUGUACCUAUGAAGGUAUUGAUGCUGUUAAAGCAGCCUUACGUGCAGGAAUAGCUUGUGGUUCACCAGAGAUGCCAAUCAAGAUUAAUUUGAUAGCCCCUCCAUCUUAUGUUGUUACAACUCACACUAUGGAAAGAGAAUUUGGUUUAGCAACUUUAGAUAAAGCCUUAAAAGAAAUAGAAGAAUCAAUUACAAAAGCUGGAGGAAUUUUCUCUAUUAAACAAGCACCUAAAGUUGUUACCGAUUUAGAUGAUCAAGAAUUGCAAAAGAAAUUAGAAAGAUUGGAACAAAUGAAUGAAGAAGUUCCUGGUGAUGAUGAUUAUGAUGAAGAUGGUGAUGGUGACAGCGAUAGUGUUGAUGAAGGAGGUGAUGGUAUUAGCAAUAAUAAACCAUCAAAAGUCAAAGACGAAAAUUAAAUGAAACUCGAUACUUUUCAAAAGUUUCUUAAAAUAAUGAAUUUGUAGAACAAGUAUUUCAUUAUCAUUUGUAUAAAGAUGGUUUCUACAUACACCUUUGA